AUGGGGAUGAAACAUGCCAGAGACUACAAUAGGAGGUACUCCGAGGCUUACGGUCUUAGUUUGGAGCAAAACCGCAUGCGCAAAUUGCGAGAACGUCUAAACCAGUGGACCUGGUCACCAGCUCCUGUUGAACCAGAAAGGCCAACAAUCAGAGACCUCAAAUCCCUCUACGAAUCCCUCACUGGUGAAAGGUACGAAGGCAACAGGAUGGGAAUCGGCGGAAACAACAAUGGUGUAGGCUCUGGUGUGAAUAAUGGAAAACCUAGAAGGUUAGGGGGUGUUCCUUUGAUCAGAACAACGUCGUCCGGAAAUACUCCAUGGAGCCCUGGGGCACACACGGCAGGCGUCGAAGAGCCUUUGACAUUUUUGGAAAGCAUUCAGGAAAUGAGCGAUAAUAUGCUUAACAAAUCAUUCAAUGUGGUUACUCUAAAUUCCGACAAAAUAUCGAGAGACUUACCGAACUCCUCGGGGGCUCCGAACGUGACCCGUCGCAAAUUUGUGGUGACUCCGGCAAAAGUGGAUCCUUUAGACCAGUUUUCAAAAAAUCAAUUAAUUGUGAAUAAAGAUCAUAAUAGUGUUCGUGCUGUUGAAGAUCCAAAUAAGACUUUGACGGAUGCAGAUUCUACAAGUACAAAUACUACAUUUGUUGUGUCCAGUGUUGUAUCUGAAACAUAAAAUUUGAGGUUAAGUAUAUAGUAUAUAAACUUCAACAUUGUUUUAAUUUUUAAAUAACUUAAUAAUUGUAAUACCUUAGUGCCAGCAAAUAGUGCUUUAAUUAUAAUGUUGCUUUUAUUUCUGGUAAAAAUAAUAUUUAUAAUUUAAAAGUACAAC